AUGGCAGCUCCGACGAGAGGGCUCGUCCUCGCCGUCCUUCUGGCGAUCGCCGUCGCCAACGCCGAGGCGGCGUCCGUCGUCGUCGGCCUGGCCAAGUGCACCGACUGCACCAGGAAGAACAUGAAGGCCGAGGAAGCUUUCAAAGGUCUUGAGGUGGCGAUCAAGUGCAAGAACGUCCACGGUGACUACGAGAGCAAGGCCGUGGGUGCCAUCGACGGCACCGGCGCCUUCAGCGUGCCCCUCGCUUCUGACCUCCAUGGCGCCGACUGCGUCGCUCAGCUCCACAGCGCCGCCUCCAACGUGCCGUGCGCCGGCCAGGAGCCGUCAAAGAUCGUGCCGGUGUCUGAGAGCACCACCUUCGGCAUCAUCGCCGGUGACAACACCGCCACACUGUCCGAGGCAUCGCCAGAGUGCGCGUCCAUGAAAUUGUGCGGACCGAUCAAAAAGCACAUCAUCGAACACUUCCACCACAAGAAGCCCGUGCCACCGAAGCCGGAGCCCAAGCCCCAGCCUCACCCGGACCAUGGCCCCGUGCCCAAGCCGGAGCCCAAGCCGCAGCCCCACCCCGACUACCACCCCGUCCCUCCCACGCCCACCUACGGCGGCAGCGGCGGCGGCGGUGGAUACCACGGACACCACUGA